UUACAGGAUCUGGCUGCUGGCGUCCCUAGAGAUAUGAGAUGGGCUAGGCAUAACAUUCCUCUGUGUUGCUUAAGGCCUGCCUUGUGAAAGAAAGAGCAAAACAGACCAAAAGAGUCAGUCUCCAGAGGUUCAGAGACAGAGAGACUGCCAGUUGCUCUUUCUGAUUCCAAACCAGAUUCCCAUUGCAAGAGAGGAAUCUGUUGUUUACAGUUGCUGUGUAACUCAGUAUUUCUGUGAACAUGAAGGCACUUGAGAUCUUUAUUCUCUUGCAAAUAUUGGGCAAUUUUCCUGUUUUUUCAAGGCCUUAUUCUUCAGUUAACUGCAGAUGGAAUUCAUUUGGUCCUUGGUCUGAGUGUGAUGGCUGUACUAAAACUCAGAUUCGUAGAAGGACCAUAGCAGUUUAUGGACAAUAUGGAGGACAUCUGUGUUCAGGUAGUUCAUUUGAAACUCGCCCAUGUGUUCCUACAAGAGGAUGUCCAUCAGAAGAAGGAUGUGGUGAUCGUUUUAGAUGUUCCUCAGGACAGUGCAUUAGCAGAUCAUUGGUCUGCAAUAGAGAUCAUGACUGUGAAGAAGAUGGUGCUGAUGAAGACCGAUGUGAUGAAGUCAAGACUAUCUGUAAAAAUACGGAACCACUUUUGCCCCCUCCUAAUAUUGAGUUUACAGGAAGAGGCUAUGAUGUUCUUAAUGAUGAAUUAAAAGCUAUAGUCAUUUACACUAAGAGUUUCGGUGGUCAGUGCAGAAAAGUGUUCAGUGGUGAUGAGAGACAAUAUUAUCGGCUGAGUGACAAUAUCCUUGCUUACACAUUCCAGGUUAAAAUUGAAAAUGACUUCAGCACUGAGUUUUAUAAUAGUAGUUGGUCAUAUAUGAAAACUACAAAUUCACGAAUGAAUGAAAAGAAGAAUCACGAUUACAGAAACAAUGAUUUUGAAAAAGACCGUUCAAAGAGUAACUUCCUGAUGGUUAUUGAAAACAGCGUGGAAGUUGCUCAGUUCAUCAACAAUCAGCCAGAAUUUCUCAACCUUGCUGCACCUUUCCGGGAAAGACUUGCAAAACUUCCUUCCUUUUAUGAAUACAAUGCAUACCGAAAAUUAAUUGAAGAUUAUGGAACACAUUUCCUGAAGUCUGGGUCUUUGGGAGGCUCUUACAAAGUUAUAUUUCAUAUGGCAGCAGAUAGUGUCAAAGAAAAAAGUAUGUCCACAAGAGACAUGUACAAAUGUACUUCAUCAGGUUUUAAUUUGUUCAUUGUAAAGAAGACAAAAACAGAAUGUAAAAAACUGGAUGAGCUGUUGCGUCAAUCUUCAGGUAGCUCCUCUAGUCGGAUAAAAGCAAUCCCAUUUGUACAGGGUGGAAGCCCUGGAGAUGUAGCUGGCCUUAGCUACUUGGAUUUACAGAAUCCAGCUGGCAAUACUGAAAGAUAUGCCCGCUGGGCUAGAUCGGUGUCUAAUUCUCCUACUGUAAUUAAACAGAAGAUCAUACCACUGUAUGAGUUGGUAAAGGACAUACCUUGUGCCUCCGUCAAAAGGAUUUACCUCAAACAAGCAAUUGAAGAGUAUCUGAGUGAAAAUGAUCCCUGCAAAUGCCAACCAUGUCAAAAUGGUGGUCAGCCAACCAUUGUUGAAACUCAGUGCCUAUGUUUCUGCAAACCAUAUACCUUUGGACCAGCUUGUGAGUCUGGAAUUCUUGUGCAGGACCAACCAGGAGUCAUCAAUGGUGGCUGGAAUUGCUGGUCCUCUUGGAGUCCUUGUAGCUCAGGAAGGAAAUCAAGAAGUCGCAGCUGCAAUAACCCAUACCCUAGUGGCGGUGGAAGCUCCUGCAUUGGGGAAUCAGUUGAAAACCAGCAGUGUGAAGAUGAUGAUUUGCGGCAUUUUCGAACAAUAGAACCACAUUGUUUUGAUAUCUCUACACUUGGCACAGAAUCCUGCCCAUUGCCUCCACCCUUGGAAAAUGGAUAUGUUCAGGAUGCUGAUUCAUCAUAUCCUGUUGGGAAAAGCAUCAGCUAUUCCUGCAAUAAUGGGUAUGCUCUUGUGGGAGAUCCUAUUGCUACAUGUGUUGAAGGCUUGAGAUGGCGCAGUGAACCAAUGAGCUGCCAGAAAACAGCCUGUGUCUUGCCACAGUUGGAAGAAGGACUGAGUGGAAUCCCAAUGAAACCCUCAUAUCAGAUAGGAGAGAAAGUACAACUCUCAUGCUUAGAUGACAUGCAGCUGGAAGGAGCGUCUCUUCUUUUGUGUGAACCUAAUCUGAAAUGGUCUCCCAACAUCAAUGAGAUCCACUGCAGGAGAAGAGUUCCCAGCGUAACUGUUCAACCAGUCAUGACAGAAUGCCAGCCUUGGGAGAAGGUUCAGGAGACAAGAUGUGUGUGUAAGAUGCCAUACGAAUGCGGCUCAUCCCUGGAUGUCUGUGCUACAGACCAAAGAUCUCAGAGAACCACCUUGCUAACAGUCUGUAAACUGCAUGCUCUUGAGUGUAUGGGCAGGCGGUAUGCUUUGGUCGGUAAAGAAAACUGCAAAUCUCCCGUUGCAACUGAAAGAUCAUGCGAUUCAUGUCAUUUGUGGGAGACCUGUAAUGAUCCAACCAACCAGUGCACUUGCAGAACAGCAGGACAGUGCAGCGAAGAAGGAAUAAGCAUUUGUGUGGAUGUGGAAGGAAGGGUUGCCCAGCAGACUAUGACUGAAUGCGAGGCUGGCAUCCUCAAGUGCCAGGGACAGAAUGUCCACAUUGUUAGCAUAAGGCCCUGUAAUGGGCAAAACUCUUCAUAAUCGAGAUGCAUCUACAAUAGGAUUGGUUGCACAGUAUAUAAGAAUAGUCAUUUGAUCAUUUGUUUUGGGGCAUGUUUGCCAUUUUUGUAAACUGCCCUAAGUCCCUUCAGGGAAAAAGGGUGGGUUAUAAAAAAAGUUUUUAUUAUUAUUAUUAUUAUUAUUAUUAUUAUUAUUAUUAUUAUUAGUAGUAGUAGUAGUAGCAACAGCAGCAGCAGCAGCAAUACAGGGACUUAAGACUUUUAUAUUUCAGGGACUGGGGUGAGGGGUUCUUAUUUCCCCAGAUACCUGUAUGAGAGAACCAAGCCAUUCACUAUAUGAUAUGAAAUGAAGAUAUAUUUCAUAUUACAUGUGUGGAGCUUUACCUCUUCCAAUCAAUGCACAUGACAAUUGUUAAUUUAAAUGGGAAAAAUUAAAGGGAUCAUCUGGGGAAACUACUGAUGUACUACUCACUACUCACUUGCCCCUUGCACAUGAUGAUUACACCAUUAAGAUGACAAUUCUUCUCCGUCUUCAUAGCCUCAUACUUGGUACUCCUUCUUCAUCCUACAGUAUAAAUGGGACUUUGGCCCUUUCUAUGCUUUCAACCACAGUUUUCACAGUGACUUAUUAUUAGCCACACCAGCUGGGGCUGAUGGGCGUUAGUGACAAAAACGCCUGUAUUAGAAUAAUGGCACACAAAUGCGGAGGCAGAGCAAGUCAUUAUAAUUAAAUUUGUAUUUAUGGGCUAUAUUUUUUCUUUCUCUCUUGUGAGCUCUCCAGGAACCAGCAUCAGAUGGUUCAAGGACCAAUGGUGGUCCACAGAGUACUACUUUGAAUAGCACUGGCUUCUAGUACACUGUUCUGUAUGGUGUUUUGACUGACAUGGAUUGGGAAGCAAAGGAGUUUGAGAACUUUGGUCCAAAAAGUGAAUUAUCUAAGCUCUAUCAUCUAGUGCCUGGUCACUGACUAUUGACCCCCUUUCUGCAAGUCUGUUUUUGCAAUGCAGCUCUACCAUAUAGGAGCACAAUUCUAAGCAGCCAAGAAAAUCAAGGACCAGCUGAAGCUAUGCUAAAUCCAAAUCUCUCCCAGCUUCCAUUUACUGUGGCCUAACUUUGUGCUGGCAUUGAGAUUAUGCUCCAGGACAGAAGAGGCUUAGACAGACAUAGUUACAGUACUUUAUCAUGUCCUUCUUUGGCUCUUCUGGAGUUCUUAGCCAACACAGCCAGUUCUGUUAGCAGAUUACUCUGAAAUGUGACAGCAGAAGAAGAAUCUAUCUGCAGAAAGGCAUUUGGUCAGAAGAAGUCCCUGUAUCUAGUCCUACAGACGACAAUUUUGCAGUAAUAGCCUUGCUGAUAUUUUUCUUUAUUUGCCUAAGUCUAAACCAACCAAUUCCUGGGAAUAGUAGGGCAGAUUUGUGCUGUUCCCCUGAUGUUUCCUUCUGAUACCGACCUCUGAUUAUCUCACCUAUGUCUCUGUCCCUGGGCUGACAGCCAGUUUUCUGUGACUCUUUGUAUCCAUUACCUGGAGCAGGUGCCAAAGACAUGAUAAAUAAUUUCAAAUUAAAUAAUACAAGAAAACACCAGUGCAUUUUAUGUUGAUGUAGUGUGAUUCUUCGCUUCUCUCCAGAAUGAUACAUUUCAGCAAUAAUCGUCUCCCCAUAUUUUUAUUAUUGUAGUGGAGGAGAGUUGUAUAUUUUGAUUUUUUAAUGUUUUGAAAUUGAUUAUAGAACAAUUUUGUAUUCUGAUGAUUUGUGUAAAUCUAUACUCUUUUAAAAUAAAAUGAAAACCAUUA